AUGUGGGAUCCGAUUGAUUCCGACUCCGAUUGUGAAAUGGAGGAUGCAGAAUCAAAAAUAAGAUGUGGGUAUAUCAGAAGACUGAUUUUCAAAGCAAGCCAAGACACAGAUGUGGCUGUUGACGUGGCGCUGAUUAUGUUUGACAAAGAUACCAUCGCAUGUAAUGAGAUGCUUCAUUUCUCUGCAAGGGAUAGGGACGUGGAGAAAUUACAACUCAAAGCUGUUGAUCAAAAUUUCAAAAGAAGAAAUCUGAAGUUUACAAGCGGGAAGAUUUUCAAGCAAGAGGAGAAAAAGGUUGACCUUGGAUAUAAAACGAUAAAAUGCGGAAUAAUGACUGGAUUGAGCGUUGGAACCUUGGCGUUUAAUAGCACACAUUGUCAGGCGCAAGUGAAAGUCACUGACCAUUUAUGUUCAGUGCCAGUACAUGGAAAUUCUUUAAUCCUAAAAGGCCAGCUAGUCGUUAAUAAAACAGCAGGACAAGAGUUCUUUAUGCAAGGUGAUUCCGGGUCGGCUGUAUUUGUGAAAAAUGACAAUUCUUUCGAGUGUCUCGGAUUAGCUAUUGGUGGGAUAGUGUCCUCUCAACAGACCCUUGUCACACCUAUUGAAGAUGUGCUUCGUGAGCUAAAAGAACAAAAUGAAGGAGCAAGUCGACCAAACUGA